AUGGUCACAAAAGUUGAAGAUUUUAGUCUAAGUAGCCUUCAUUAUCUUGACGACCAUGAAGAUGAUAAAAGUGUAGAUGGUGACUUUGCAGACGAUGAUUGGCAAUGGGAAGAAAGGCUUCGACUUAUCAAUGAAUUUGGAACUUGGACGAGCGGGAAUGAUACUUUAGACAAAUUUAUACAACAAACCCAACUAGAAACACCGGAUCCUCGCUUUCAUAUGCAAUGGAUACCUUUUGAGAAUUUUGGCGAAGUCAAAUUUGUAGCAAAAGGAGGACAUAGUUCUGUUUUUUCUGCUACCUGGAAGAAUAAGAAAGAUCAAGUAUGGGAUGGUGCGAAACAGGUCUUUGUAGAAAAGCCACUUGUGGUUGCUCUAAAAUCCCUAAAGAACUCACAGAACCUUGGUGAUGAAUUUUUGGACGAGUUUAAGCGUCAUGGUAGUCUCAAAUUGGAUGGGUGUGGAUAUAUUGUACAUUGUCAUGAGGAAAUAGUGGAUAUAUUAACAUCACCUUAUGCAUAUCAACGUCGCCUACUUGGGUUAGACGAAUAUUCACUGAACACGGCCGAUGAGAUCGAUGACGUGGAUGCAUUUGAGCGAAUAUUCGCGUCACGAAUCUCAAACACGCUAUAUCCGGUUGCUCCAGAUGUUCACCCAUUUGCUUUUUAUAUUAGUCGUUUCUUAUUCUUUCCCAAUUUACCUAUACCGACAAAUUCAACAUAUUCGGCAGAACCCUUGCAAACUUCGUACUUUGAUGCAAAUAAAAAAUCAAAUCUAGACGAAGAGAUAACAUACGAAGAGUGUAAGGAGCAAUUAAUUAACAAAUAUUGGUGUAAAGGUUGUAGAACAAAAUAUUUCUUGGAAAGAUUCUCCACAUGGACGAGUGAAGAUGAUGAAUUAAAUCAUUUUAUUCAAGAAAGUCAAUUAAAUGCAAAAGAAGUUCAUGGAUAUUUUCGUUGGUUUAAUUAUAAUAUAUUUAAACGUAUACAAUUAAUUGGUGGUAAUGAAGGGAUUAGCGAGGUUUAUUAUGCCAUGAUCAAAUAUGAUGAAUUGGCUGAGAUGAGUCACGAUGAAUUUCUUGUGCCAAAAUAUUUCAUUGCUCCUGACUCGCAUAUUUCGGAAUUUGUUGUGUUGAAACGAAUCAUUAACUCUGGUCGUAUGGUUAAAGAGUUCAUACAUAGUAUUAAGAAUUAUCAUGUGUGUUUGGAUGAGACGAUUCCAAAAUGUUAUGGAAUUACAAAGGAUCCAUUGACGCAAGAUUAUAUGCUAGUCUUACAAUACGCCAACAUGAAAUCCUUGAAUGACCCCAACACACUUGUCAAAUUUUCAUCGUCAUUAUCUUGGGCAAAAAAGAAGGAAAUUCUUGGAGAAUUACCUUACACAAAUUACGCUCACGAUUCCUCCCUUGCUUAUGACAUAUGUAAUGGGAAAAGGCCUAAAAUUCCUUUGGGUACUCCAAAGGACCUUGUUGAGAUUUUAAAUCAAUGUUGGGAAUCCGAUCCGGCAAAAAGGCCUUCUAUUAAUUCCAUUGCUUUUACUUUAAAUUGGUGUAUGAUUUCUGAUGGUGAAUCAAUUCCUUUUAAUUUCAAGAAUUCUUAUCGACAUCAUCCCAAUGCUUUUUAUUCUGGCAGGACAAUUGAUUUUGACUUUCAUUUAUUUGAUCAAAUUAAACCUUACUUAUAA